CGCUGACAACAAAGAGCACGAAUGUUGUGAAAUCAGAGAGUGUAUAAAUUACACAUGCAAUGUGCUGAAAGCAGUCAGAAGCGUUUUAUAUUUACUCGCGUUGCGUGCAUAUUGAUCAUAUUGAAAUGUUAUCGUUGGGGUUGUUAAUCAUAACACUGCUGGUGUUGGGCUGGUACUAUCUAAAGCACCAAUACUCAUAUUGGGAGCGUCGUGGCUUUCCGUAUGAUAAGGAUGCGGGUAUACCAUUUGGUUGUUUGGCAAGUGUUUGGAGAAUGGAGAGGGGUAUGGGCAUGGCCAUCUACGAUGUGUACAUGAAGAGUAAGGAGCGUUUUCUGGGCACCUAUUUGCUCUAUCGGCCAGCGGUUUUAGUUCGCGAUGCAGAACUGGCACGUCGUGUCCUAACUCAGGAUUUUGCGAGUUUUCACGAUCGCGGCGUUUACGUUGAAGAGGAGAAAAAUCCACUGUCGGCGUCCAUCUUUUCGUUGCGAGGGCAGAGCUGGCGUUCCAUGCGGCACAAGCUUUCGCCCUGUUUUACAUCCGGUAAGCUGAAAAGCAUGUACAGCACUUCGGAGGAUAUAGGCAACAAAAUGGUGGCCCACUUGCAGAAAGAGCUGCCCGAACAGGGUGCAAAGGAGAUCGACUUAAAGGAGGUGACACAAACCUAUGCCAUAGACAUUAUUGCUUCUGUUAUAUUUGGCCUGGACGUAAACAGUUUUGAGCAGCCGGACAAUAAAUUUAAGAAAGUCGUUUCCCUUAUACGACGAAAUAAUCGCUUUGCAGCUUUAAUUGGCAUGAUGAUAUUCUUGAUUCCAGCCAUUGCAAAGUUCAUGUUUAGGAUGGGAUUGAGGAAUCCUGUAGCAGUAGCUUUAUUGGCCAUUGUCAAAGACACUAUCGAGUAUCGCGAAAAGCACGGCAUUGUUCGCAAGGACAUGCUGCAGUUGCUUAUGCAGCUGAGAAACAAGGGCAGCAUCGAUGAUGACGAAAAUAAAAACUGUAACAUUCAGACCUCUGAAGAUGGUGAAAUAAAGAGCAUAUCCUUGGAGACAAUUACCGCCCAGGCUUUUAUCUUUUACGUUGCUGGCCAGGAGACAACUGGGUCUACAACAGCAUUCACACUCUAUGAGCUGGCACAGUAUCCGGAACAUUUAAAACGAUUGCAAGCUGAGGUGGAUGAGACACUAAAGCAGAACGAUGGAAAAAUCACCUACGAUGCGCUGAAUAAAAUGGAAUUCUUGGAGUUGUGUCUGCAGGAAUCAUUGCGCAAAUAUCCCGGAUUACCGAUGCUGAAUCGUGAAUGCACAGAGGACUACACAAUUCCCGACACCAAUCAUGUCAUCAAGAAAGGCACUCCUGUUGUCAUUUCACUGCAUGGCAUACACCGGGACCCAGAGUACUUCCCCGAUCCCGACAAAUACGAUCCGUAUCGUUUCGCUGAGGAAACCAAGAACUACAAUCCCAUUGCAUAUAUGCCCUUUGGUGAGGGACCCAGGAUCUGCAUUGCACAGCGCAUGGGUCGAGUGAAUGUCAAGCUGGCCAUUGUCAAGAUACUGCAAAACUUCAACAUCGAAGUGAUGAGCAAGCGAGAGCUGGAAUUUGAAAUUUCCGGCAUUGUUUUGACGCCAAAGAAUGGCGUCAAAGUGCGUCUCUCCAAGCGGGUGCUGAACUCAGAAGCGUUUUAUAUUUACUCGCGUUGCGUGCAUAUUGAUCAUAUUGAAAUGUUAUCGUUGGGGUUGUUAAUCAUAACACUGCUGGUGUUGGGCUGGUACUAUCUAAAGCACCAAUACUCAUAUUGGGAGCGUCGUGGCUUUCCGUAUGAUAAGGAUGCGGGUAUACCAUUUGGUUGUUUGGCAAGUGUUUGGAGAAUGGAGAGGGGCAUGGGCAUGGCCAUCUACGAUGUGUACAUGAAGAGUAAGGAGCGUUUUCUGGGCACCUAUUUGCUCUAUCGGCCAGCGGUUUUAGUUCGCGAUGCAGAACUGGCACGUCGUGUCCUAACUCAGGAUUUUGCGAGUUUUCACGAUCGCGGCGUUUACGUUGAAGAGGAGAAAAAUCCACUGUCGGCGUCCAUCUUUUCGUUGCGAGGGCAGAGCUGGCGUUCCAUGCGGCACAAGCUUUCGCCCUGUUUUACAUCCGGUAAGCUGAAAAGCAUGUACAGCACUUCGGAGGAUAUAGGCAACAAAAUGGUGGCCCACUUGCAGAAAGAGCUGCCCGAACAGGGUGCAAAGGAGAUCGACUUAAAGGAGGUGACACAAACCUAUGCCAUAGACAUUAUUGCUUCUGUUAUAUUUGGCCUGGACGUAAACAGUUUUGAGCAGCCGGACAAUAAAUUUAAGAAAGUCGUUUCCCUUAUACGACGAAAUAAUCGCUUUGCAGCUUUUAUUGGCAUGAUAAUAGUCUUGAUUCCAUCAAUUGCAAAGUUCAUGGUUAGGAUGGGAUUAAGGAAUCCUGUGGCAGUAGCUUUAUUGGCCAUUGUCAAAGACACUAUCGAGUAUCGCGAAAAGCACGGCAUUGUUCGCAAGGAUAUGCUGCAGUUGCUCAUGCAGCUAAGAAACAAGGGCAGCAUCGAUGAUGACGAAAAUAAAAACUGGAACAUUCAGACCUCUGAAGAUGGUGAAAUAAAGAGCAUAUCCUUGGAGACAAUUACCGCCCAGGCUUUUAUCUUUUACGUUGCUGGCCAGGAGACAACUGCUUCUACAACAGCAUUCACACUCUAUGAGCUGGCACAGUAUCCGGAACAUUUAAAACGAUUGCAAGCUGAGGUGGAUGAGACACUAAAGCAGAACGAUGGAAAAAUCACCUACGAUGCGCUGAAUAAAAUGGAAUUCUUGGAGUUGUGUCUGCAGGAAUCAUUGCGCAAAUACCCCGGAUUACCGAUACUGAAUCGUGAAUGCACAGAGGACUACACAAUCCCCGACACCAAUCAUGUCAUCAAGAAAGGCACUCCUGUUGUCAUUUCACUGCAUGGCAUACACCGGGACCCAGAGUACUUCCCCGAUCCCGACAAAUACGAUCCGUAUCGUUUCGCUGAGGAAACCAAGAACUACAAUCCCAUUGCAUAUAUGCCCUUUGGUGAGGGACCCAGGAUCUGCAUUGCACAGCGCAUGGGUCGAGUGAAUGUCAAGCUGGCCAUUGUCAAGAUACUGCAAAACUUCAACAUCGAAGUGAUGAGCAAGCGAGAGCUGGAAUUUGAAAUUUCCGGCAUUGUUUUGACGCCAAAGAAUGGCGUCAAAGUGCGUCUCUCCAAGCGGGUGCUGAACUAAACUGAAUGCAAUGUUGCCCAAAAUUGUGAAACUAAUUAGCAUAAUUCGAUUAAGAUAGUGCUUUGUAAGUAGUUGAUUACAGUAAAUUCACCUUAUCAGUAGA